AUGACCAUCACGCACAUAGAUCAAGGACAGCGUUACAGGCCAAGAAUGGCAUUCUUGAAAAAGUUGGAGAUUUUGUUGGUAGAGAUGCAAGACCCACAUUCUGGCAUCAAAAUACAAACCCAGAAGAUCAUAAACACCAGCAUUCCACAUGCUAUGACUGGUUCUGAUAUACUGAAAUGGAUUAUGCAGCGUUUGCAGAUUACCAGUGAAGAGGCACUAAAUUUAGGAAGUAUGAUCAUCAAGUGUGGGUACAUCUAUCCUCUUCAAGAACGAAAGAAUCUUACUCUCAGAGCAGACAGCAGUCUCUAUCGAUUCCAGACACCCUACUUUUGGCCAACCCAGCAGUGGGGAGCAGAAGAUACAGAUUAUGCCAUCUACCUAGCAAAGAAAAACAUUAAGAGGAAAGGAAUUCUAGAAGAAUAUGAAAAGGAACAUUAUAAUACAUUGAACAAAAACAUCAAUCACAAAUGGGACUUCAUUAUUAUGCAGGCCAAGGAGCAGUACAGGACAGGAAAGGAACGAAAGAAAGAAGACCGGUAUACUUUGGAGUGUCAAGAAAAAGCCUAUUGGCUGGUGCAGCGGGCUCCUCCUGGAAUGCAAGACGCACUUGAGUAUGGGUUGAAUCGAGUGACUGAUCCCUGUGAAAAUAAGAAAAAAACAAUUGAUGUAUAUAGGAGAGAGAUCAUGUACUACCAACAGGCCAUGAUGAAGACUACAGUAAAGUCAUCUGUCUCUCUGGGAGGAAUAGUGAAGUACUGUGAGCAGUUCUGCUCCAACGACCCCAUAAUCUCAGGAUGCCUCCCCAGCAACCCUUGGCUUACCGAUGAUGUGGAUUUUUGGGAACUCAAUGCAAAACUGGUAGAAAUCCCCACCAAAGCACGAGUGGAGAAAUGGGCCUUAAACUUUAGCGAGCUGAUGAAGGAUCCCAAAGGCCGCCAGAGUUUCCAGCUCUUCCUGAAAAAGGAAUUUAGUGGAGAGAAUCUGGGGUUUUGGGAAGCUUGUGAAGAUUUGAAGUAUGGAGAUCAAUCCAAAGUGAAAGAAAAAGCAGAAGAAAUUUACAAAACUUUCUUGGCACCAGGAGCAAGACGUUGGAUUAACAUUGAUAGCACCACUAUGGGUAUUACAGUCAGAGGUCUCAAAAACCCUCACCGUUAUGUCUUAGAUGCUGCACAGACUCAUAUUUAUAUGCUCAUGAAAAAGGAUUCUUAUGGUCGCUAUUUAAAGUCUCCAAUAUACAAAGAAAUGUUGUCCAAGGCAAUCACACCACAAGAAGCAGUUAAAAAAAGCUCUAAUAAUCCGUUUGUCCGCAAGCACCUCCGCUCCAGUCCUAGCCCCAUCCUCUUGAGGCAGCUGGAGGAAGAAGCCAGAGCUAAGGAAGCUGCAGCCAAUGUGGACAUCACCCAGUUAUGUCAGUUUACUGUUCCUGUUUCCCAUUUGGCUGUUUACACUGGUACCUCUGAUCCUCUGCCUCCUUCCAGUGUUCUUCCUUCUUCCAGCCCUGCUCUAAGUGCAUUUCCUUUUCAGUGCCCUGAGCAACUCUCUCUGCCAAACAGCACCAGCUACUCCUCACCUAUUAAGGUAGCCUUAGGCAAUACAUCUGUCAUGGAGAAGAGCUUAGAGGCUAACAGGUUUAGUUCUGAUCCCUUUCCUUCCCUCCUGGAAAGGGCUGAGAUCUCCAUGGAUUCUGAACUGGACAACAGUUCUCCAAAUGCUAUCAACUCUGAGUCCAAAGUGCCACAAAAAUCAAAGGUGGCCUUGUCACUGGGCAGGUUCUUGAAAUGGGGAUGCUUGAAUUCACCAGUGUUUGCCACACUUUCACCUAAGCAUCCUGCAGUGGCACAUGGAAAAGUGCAACCCUUAGAUGAUCUGAGCCAACACCUGCAACCAAAAUCCAAAAAAACAUCCACCUUCUUUCAGAUUUCUCUGGAGAGCAAAAUCCACCCAGUGGAUUCUGGAGUGGAAGAAGAACACCACCAUUGGCCUUACAAGGAUUCUGCCAAAGAAGUGAUCUGCCCAUGGGAAACUCUAACCGAAGAAGGACAAGUUGGAUAA